CCCCGUCGCCGCGCGUUGCCGGGUAGAGCCCGGCGCCGCCGGCCCCUGCCUCCCUGCCCACCGCCCUCCCUGGCCCCGGCUCCGGUCCUUCGCCGGCAGCCCUGCGCCGCCAUGGGCUCGGAGAUGGAGCCGCUGCUCCUGGCCUGGAGCUAUUUCAGGCGCAGGAAGUUCCAGCUCUGCGCCGAUCUGUGCACGCAGGUGCUGGAGAAGUCCCCUUAUGACCAGGAACCAGAUCCCGAAUUGCCAGUGUCUCAGGCGGCUUGGAUAUUAAAAGCACGAGCUCUAACUGAGAUGGUAUACGUAGAUGAAGUUGAUGUAGAUCAGGAAGGAAUUGCAGAAAUGGUUUUGGAUGAAAAUGCUAUUGCUCAAGUUCCACGCCCUGGAACAUCCUUGAAACUCCCUGGAACUAGUCAAUCGGGAGGGCCCAGUCAAGCUGUAAGGCCAGUCACUCAAGCUGGGAGACCCAUUACAGGUUAUCUUAGGCCCAGCACACAGAGUGGAAGGCCAGGCACUAUGGAGCAGGCCAUCAAAGCACCCAGAACUGCCUACACAGCCCGCCCCAUCACCAGCUCUUCUGGAAGAUUCGUCAGACUGGGAACGGCCUCCAUGCUUACAAGUCCUGAUGGACCCUUUAUAAAUUUGUCUAGGUUGAAUUUAACAAAAUACUCCCAGAAACCUAAAUUGGCAAAGGCUUUGUUUGAAUAUAUUUUUCAUCAUGAAAAUGACGUUAAGACUAUUCAUCUUGAGGAUGUUGCUCUAUGUUUUGGGAUUUACAUAAUGUUGUGUAGGAAUAGGAAUCACAUUGAAGAAAAAGAGAAUUUGUUCCCUAAGCUACUGAAUGCUUUGGAUCUGGCCGCCCUUUCCACAGAGCAUUCUCAGUACAAGGACUGGUGGUGGAAAGUGCAGAUUGGAAAGUGUUACUACAGAUUAGGAAUGUAUCGAGAAGCAGAAAAGCAGUUUAAAUCAGCCCUGAAGCAGCAGGAAAUGGUGGAUACAUUUCUCUACUUGGCAAAAGUUUACAUUGCAUUGGAUCAACCUGUGACUGCUUUAAAUCUUUUCAAACAAGGCUUGGAUAAGUUUCCAGGAGAAGUAACUCUGCUUUGUGGAAUUGCCAGGAUCUAUGAGGAAAUGAACAAUAUUUCCUCAGCAACUGAAUACUAUAAAGAAGUUUUGAAACAAGACAAUACUCAUGUGGAAGCCAUUGCGUGCAUUGGAAGCAACCACUUUUAUUCUGAUCAACCAGAAAUAGCUCUUCGGUUUUACAGGCGACUCCUGCAGAUGGGUGUUUAUAACUGCCAGCUCUUUAACAAUCUGGGGCUGUGUUGCUUCUACGCCCAGCAGUAUGAUAUGACCCUGACCUCAUUUGAACGUGCCCUUUCUCUGGCUGAAAAUGAAGAAGAGACAGCUGACGUAUGGUACAACUUGGGACAUGUAGCUGUGGGAAUCGGAGAUACGAACUUGGCCCAUCAGUGCUUCAGGCUGGCUCUGGUCAAUAACAACCACCACGCGGAGGCCUACAACAACCUGGCCGUGCUGGAGAUGCGCCAGGGCCACGUGGAGCAGGCACGAGCACUCUUACAAACUGCGUCAUCGUUAGCACCCCACAUGUAUGAACCACAUUUUAAUUUUGCGACCAUCUCUGACAAGAUUGGAGAUCUACAGAGAAGCUAUGCUGCUGCUCAGAAGUCUGAAGCCGCGUUUCCAGAUCAUGUGGACACCCAGCAUUUAAUUAAACAGUUAAAGCAGCAUUUUGCUAUGCUCUGAUUGUUCUGACGAAAGAGCAUUAUACAAGUGGGAAAAAGCACUAUGUGUUUCUGAUUCUGUAAUAUAAUACACGCAUCACACAGGUCGGGGCUUGAUCUUCAUGAAGGUGACAUCGAGUGGAGUAUUAUGUAUACUGAAUGAAAUAUUUAUAGUGAUGAUCACUGUGUAUGAUAUUGGAAAAUUAUGGUAGAUGCUUGUUUAUGAUAGUUAUGAA